UUUUUUAAGGGGUAUAUCUACAAGAGACGAUUCAAGAUUUAGAGUCCACUUUACAACAUGUGGCAUUAUGGUCUAAUCAAUUAUUGUUGCUAAAGAUGAUUACAACCAUAAUUUUGUUUUUUUAAUUGACUUUCAUUUUUAACCUGUUCGUGGACGUUUGGAAACCUAAGGUCUGCUGCCUUUGAGAGAAAAUUUAAUCUCAUUUCACACCUGAUUGUUUCUUAAUUUGGUUUGCAAACAUAAAAUCCAAUACAGUAAAAUUAAUUUUAUAUGCUGCAAAAUCUGAAGCACGUGGGAGCUAGAGGCUAUCUUUUGAAGGGGUGGAUGCCAGCCUCAGUGCCACAGUUCACCAAUUCACCAACUAUGGUAAUCAUGGUAGGAUUGCCAGCACGGGGGAAAACUUACAUUUCUAAAAAGCUCACUCGCUACCUCAAUUGGAUCGGGAUCCCCACUAAAGUCUCCGUCUCCCUAGUGUUCAAUGUUGGACAGUAUCGCCGUGAAGCCGUCCAGACAUACAAGAAUUAUGAGUUCUUCCGCCCAGACAAUGAGGAAGCUAUGCAGAUCCGGAGGCAGUGUGCAUUAGCAGCUCUUCGGGAUGUCCAAAUCUAUCUGAGCAUGGAAGAGGGACAAGUGGCGGUUUUCGAUGCCACUAACACUACACAGGAACGCCGUGCCCUUAUCUUGCACUUUGCCAAGGAGAAUGGCUACAAAGUUUUCUUCAUUGAAUCCAUCUGUGAUGAUCCAGAUAUCAUCCAGGAAAAUAUCAAGCAAGUGAAGCUAACCAGUCCUGACUAUAAGGACUGUAACCGGGAUGAAGUGGUGGAGGAUUUCCUCAAGCGGAUUGAAUGUUACCAGAAAACCUACCAGCCAUUAGAUGACGAGUUGGACAGUUCCCUAUCCUACAUUAAGAUCUUCAACGUUGGCAGCCGGUACUUAGUGAACAGGGUUCAAGACCACGUACAGAGUCGCACUGUUUAUUACCUGAUGAAUAUCCACGUGACACCCCGUUCCAUCUACCUCAGUCGGCACGGGGAGAGCGAGCUUAACCUCCGGGGAUGCAUUGGGGGUGACUCCGGGCUAUCUGAGCGUGGCAAACAGUAUGCCUCUGCCUUGGCCAACUUCAUCCGUUCCCAGUAUAUCCGCGACCUCAAGGUCUGGACAAGCCACAUGAAACGCACAAUCCAAACAGCAGAAGCAUUGCAUGUGCCCUAUGAACAGUGGAAAGCAUUGAAUGAGAUUGAUGCGGGUGUCUGUGAGGAGAUGACUUAUGAAGAAAUCCAGGCCAGUUAUCCACAAGAGUUUGCCCUGCGAGAUCAGGACAAAUACCGCUACCGCUAUCCUAAAGGAGAAUCCUAUGAAGAUUUGGUGCAGCGCUUGGAGCCGGUCAUCAUGGAGCUGGAACGGCAAGAGAACGUGCUGGUGAUCUGCCAUCAAGCGGUCAUGCGCUGCCUCCUUGCCUACUUCCUGGACAAAAGUGCAGAGGAAUUGCCAUACCUCAAGUGCCCAUUGCACACUGUUCUCAAGCUCACCCCUGUGGCAUAUGGCUGCGAGGUGGAAUCCAUUUUUCUCAAUAUUGAGGCUGUGAAUACACACCGGGAACGCCCCACGCAUUUUUCCUACAAAGCUAGCCAGGCCCCCUUGUAUCGGCACUACCGCGCUGUGCCAAUGGCUAGCCCUGAGCCCACCAAACAACCCUGCUGGAAAGAUCUGGGGCGCUCUCCUCCCUCUUGCCUGUUUGACCCUCAGAAUGUUGAUGUGUCACGAGAUCCUACAGAAGCUCUAGACACCGUGCCAGACCAUUAUUAAACUUACACACUAAAAACAAAAAUAAAUUUACUUUAUUGAAGAGGUUCUAUUACUGACAGAUACAGAGUGCCAUCUAGAGAAAUGUGACUAGUAUGCAAGUUCUGAGCUACUUUGUAUCACUUUAUACAUGUUAAGCAUUAUCUCAGACGUGUCAAACUCACGACAUCACGUGAUGUUGUGCGACGUAUCGGGAACAGUUUUGCCAUGGGGUGAGCGUGGCUUCCAUGUGAUGUGUCUGACCUAUGGGCCGGCAGUUUGACAUCCCUGCAUUAUCUCACCAAAAAGCAACUCAAGGUAUAGAUCUGCCAACCUAAGAUGAAUAAUUGAGUCCCAUCCAUCAAAUUCUUUAAACAAAGAAUAAAUCAACUCUAAACUAUGUUUUUUAAAAAAACCACACACAGAGAGCAUAACCCUGGCAAAUAUAAACAUCUUUAAAGCCCCAUUUCUUUAGAGAUAAUUAAAUAAGCACUUAUGUCCAGCAGAAGAUUUGAUGGAAACGUUGCACAGAUUAUAUACCUUAUUUUUAUUCUGAUUAAUGAAUACAAGACUCUACAA